UGACACGCAUAAAUCGAGAAGUGGUGCAAUUUUUUUUUUAAAUUUGUCACGUCAUUCAUCAUACCGCCGAGCGCUCCGGCCGAAAAUUCGCCGUUCGCCGUAGUAAUUGCUUGCUUCUUGAGUAAGCCACACACCCGGGCUUUUUCGACCUCUCUGUGGACGUAAUUGCGGUCCGGUGCAUGCAGGCGGGAUCGGAAAAGCGGUCAUAUACGUCCAGGAAAGUUCUUAGUGUGGUAAGUAUGCUGUCAGCUGCCGCCAAUCAACAACGCUGGCGUUCCACGUUAGCACGGCCCGCGCGCGCGGCUUAUGUUGUAGGGGAAUCGGGAUAGCAGCACCUUGCACUGGAGGGCAGGAGUAUUCAUCACUGGAGCAGUGUGUCUGGGAGCAGCGAUUGGCGUUUGGAGGCGGUUCUCUGUCAACCCACGCCACGUACUACCAUAACUUGUCACGGAUGGGUGUCCCAUUCACUUGAUCAUUUUGAUUUGUUGUGUGGGCUGUGAUCUGUGUCCUUGAGUUCGGCGGUGCUGGAGGCUCGACACUGGUGAUGGCAGGGGCAAUAUCCGGUUUCAGUGCCCGUGGCGCUCGGGCCAUGGUUCAUUCUAAACACAGUGCUAGAGUGAUGCUGUCGAGAUUGACACUGACCCAGGGGAAAGGUCUCAAUGCCUCCUCAUUCAGCGGUUGCGGAGCACAGUCCACAGGUGGUCCUUCGCUCUUUUCGACUUCCAUCACCUCUUCCUCCCCCAUCUCUGGUGCCGUCUCUCGAACACAAUCGCCCCGACUUCCCUCUUCUUUGUGUACUUCUUCUUCUUCUUCUUCUUCUUCUUGCCGUUCAUCCACGUCCUUCACAUCCCCUUUCACUCGCUCCUCCACAUCGUCUGCUUCUUGUUCUUUGUCGUGCUCUUCUUCAUCGUCAUCUGUUGCACGCACACCGUUGCCCUCCAGUAAGUGUGCACCUUUGCGGGCACAUUCUUCCCUCAAUGGUCCUUCAACUAGGCAACAAGCCGGCUCAGUCAGAUCGAGAAUUGGCUGCGAAUCGGAGAAGUCGGUUGGUCGCAAGUACUGUACUCGUGCAACUGAUGCAACGAGUUCCAGAGCUCUUUGCUAUGGAGCGCUAGCUGCCGCUCGCAUGCUGCACAGACUGAGUGUUGGCAAAGCAGGAAGUUUUUUUUGGGUCCAGGACGACGAUGGUACGUAAAUUAGGUAAUUACGUCAAACGGGUUUCUAAAUGAAAGAUGGAAGAAGAGUAGAGAAGUCAGGAUAUAGUGGCGGUUGAGGUCAACGUCGGGACAACCGCCACGGGUUUCUAAAUGUCGGCACAUGUCAUUGUUACCUGGGCAAUGUGUCGGGACAGCUGCCACGGCUGCGACUUGCUUGAUUGUCACAGUCAGAACUGACAUGUCUGAGAUAUGUUGCAAGGAGACCGUUGUAGUUUCAUUUGUACGUGGGCAAAGUGCAAACAACAGUUGUUUUGUCUUUCUGAAAAAGAUUCAAAGUUUGAUAACACUGAAGACAACAAAACUCUUUUUUUCUA